UUUAGUUACACAUACACAUAAUUCCCACUAAAUUUAGCAAAUCAUGUAAUUCAGGUUCGUCUCUCCCCCCAUCUCUAUGGCAUAAACUCGAAUUUCUUCUCUCUUGCAAACCUAAUCAUUAAAUAAUGACAACAUACGGAACAAUUCCGGCAGAGUUGCCGCCAUCGUCGAACUUUAUUUCCCAAGCAAGAGAGCAGAUCCGAUCCGGCCUCUGCACCCGAAGAGAAUGGAAGGAGAUGGUGAAGACCGAAUCCAUAAAGCUCCCCACACAUCUAAACGAUGCCAUACAAAGAUUUCGAACCAAUGCAGCGCAUUUCCGUGUGAAUUACGUGAUUGUCAUAUUGUUUCUUCUCUUCCUCACUUUGCUUUGGCAACCCGUAUCGCUCAUAGUCUUCAUCAUCAUGAUGGCCGCAUGGCUGUUCCUUUAUUUCCUACGGGACGACCCGGUAUCAAUCGAAGGGUUCAUCAUCGACGAUCGUAUCGUGAUGACAGGCCUGUUGGGGGUCACUAUUGCCAUGCUUAUGUUAACGGGUGUGACGAAUAAUAUCAUAGUCGGCCUUUCGGUCGGAAUAGCUGCUGUUCUAGGACAUGGCAUGUUGAGAACUACGGACGAUUUGUUCUUAGAAGAUGAAGAAGAAGCAAAUCGACCGCUGGAGUCGGCUUCGGCCCGCUUUGUGGAAGAAUCAACGCAGGUGCCGUUAAAGAACGCGACCUCCGCCACUUACUCUUUGUCCUAACGUUCUCUCUUGAAUGCUUCG